AUAUGCCAUAGAAUAUGGUGGAGCUCCUUGAACCAGCUCCCCUCACACCAGAGAACUGAAGGAGAACCAAUGCCGCCGAAGGGGGUGGAACGGAGUGUGCAGAUAAUAGAAAUAAUAGAAAUAAUAAAAGAAUGAGCAAGAUAUUGACCACGAAAUAUGAAAACAGUUAUACACGAAAACAGUUAUUAAUAACAAAUAUAUCGCCAUAUUGUAGCAGUGUCCUCUCCUGCAACCUCGCAGCUGUGUUGUUUAGUUCCACCGGCCCUAGUGCGCAAGCUCGGAAAGAGAGCAACGUUUCUGAGCAAAACAACAACAGUCGGGAACAAGGGGAGAGGAUGCGGAGAGGCUGAAUGUCGGUAAUCAGUACCAGAAUCUGAUUACAGCUGAGAUUAUUGCCGAUGCUUCUUUUGUAAAUGUUGUCGAACCCAUGAACUUGGCCAGUCAGAGCGGGGAGGCCGGCUCCAGCCAGCUCCUCUUCGCCAACUUCAACCAGGACAACACGUCCUUGGCUGUUGGCACCAAAUCUGGCUAUAAGUUCUUCUCUCUGUCAUCAGUGGAUAAACUAGAACAGAUAUAUGAAUGCUUGGACACAGAAGAUGUAAGCAUCGUGGAAAGGCUGUUCUCCAGCAGCUUGGUUGCUAUCGUUAGCCUUAAAGCGCCUCGGAAGCUGAAGGUGUGUCACUUUAAGAAAGGGACUGAAAUUUGUAACUACAGCUAUUCCAAUACCAUCCUGGCUGUCAAGCUCAACAGACAGAGGCUAAUAGUAUGUCUGGAAGAAUCUCUGUACAUCCACAAUAUCCGAGAUAUGAAAGUACUGCACACCAUCAGAGAGACCCCUCCAAACCCUGCAGGUCUGUGUGCGCUGUCGAUUAAUAAUGAUAAUUGCUACUUGGCAUACCCUGGGAGUGCGACAAUAGGAGAGGUACAGGUCUUCGACACUAUCAAUCUGAGAGCCGCUAAUAUGAUCCCAGCCCAUGAUAGCCCUCUGGCAGCUUUGGCUUUUGACUCAAGCGGCACCAAGCUCGCUACAGCCUCUGAAAAGGGGACUGUGAUCCGAGUGUUCUCCAUUCCAGAGGGACAGAAGCUCUUUGAGUUCAGGCGGGGAGUGAAGAGGUGUGUCACUAUCUGCUCUCUUGCAUUUAGUAUGGAAGGACUCUUCUUGUCUGCAUCCAGUAAUACUGAAACAGUUCAUAUCUUCAAACUGGAGACACAGAAGGAAAAGCCGCAGGAGGAACCCACAACUUGGUCUGGCUACUUUGGAAAGGUGCUGAUGGCCUCCACCAGUUACUUGCCAGCCCAGGUCACAGAGAUGUUUAACCAGGGCAGGGCCUUCGCUACAGUCAGACUGCCUUUUUCUGGGCACAAGAACAUCUGCGCACUUGCUACACUCCAGAAGAUCCCUCGUUUGUUGGUGGCAGCAGCUGACGGUUACCUCUACAUGUACAACCUGGACCCACAGGAGGGAGGAGAGUGCACACUAAUGAAACAGCACAAGUUAGACGGAAGUGUUGAGCCAGCUAAUGAAAUUCUGGAGCCAACAACGCAUGACCGUCCAUUGGUGGCACAGACAUAUAAUGCUGCUGUGGCAAAAGGAUACUCCGAGGAUCAGGGAGCAGUUGGUGGGGUUGGCCUGGAUGAUGACAUGACAUCCCUGCGUUUGGAUGAAGAAAACGAGCAGCCUCCCAUGAUCCUUCAGACUGACUGACGUACCUUCUUACCUGUGAACUCGCCUCUUGGGUUGUAGAACUGUGACAUUGGACUCUCUUGUGCUGCUACGAACAUGUAACUGAGUGGAAGAGAGAUUAAAAGGAGAGGAAAAAAAAAAAAAAAACUAGAUGUAGCCUCAUUCUGUAUCGAUAAAUAUAUAUUGUUUUUUUUUCUUUCCCAGUGGCUUUUAAAUCUUGCACAUCUAUGCUAGCUGUACUUGAUUUUUCUUUCAUCAAAACAAAACCAAAAAGACUGAAGCUGCCCCAUGCAGAUUCUAAACCUCUUAGCUUUGCAUGCACACAUGUGCCAAUUAUAGCAUUGAUAGACAUAUUUAUUUGCGUUCUUUGAUGGUUUCCAAGAUGACUGUCGGAGCCGCCUCUCAGAUUGGGAUCUAAGAUUUGAGGUACGCUAUAAUAAGAAAUGCUGUAUCCCUAUUUUUGAGGUCAUAUUUGCUUGGAAACAUUGUGAUAGACGCAUGUUGACUUUUUUUUUUGUUCCAAAGCUGUUGAAAAAGCAGAAAUAGACGAUGGUUGGUGCUGCUGAGCAGCUGUUUCACUAUGUUAGGCCUACACGUUGGCCAUUAUCCCUGCUGGGUAGACCUUGUGGAAAGCUGGUAAGAUGCUAGUCCUACUUUUAAAAUGAAUGUCUAUGUCCGUGCUGGCUCACACAGAUAACGGAUAUGCGUUUUGGCAUUGGACCAGGAUCAAAUACUAAGGUGUGCUGAAAAAGAAAUCUUGCUUUCACUUGCAUUUGUUCCUUUAAACUUCUUUCCUCUAAAUUGCCAUGUCAUCUGGUUCAUUGGGUGGAUCAGUUGUUGAAUGAAAUAGCAUAUGGUAUACAAAUGUAUAGCCCUACCAUUUUGUAGCAGUUUGACAACAAAAAGAAAUCCUUGUUUUUAUAACUGACUUUUCUUUACAAAGAAGUUUAUCAUUUAAGAAUGUGCAACAAAAUGUUUCGCAAAAGCACAGAACCAGGGACACGUUUGCAGCUCAAGUUUUAACAAGUUUAAAGCAGCUGCAAGAUUGGUAAGUGUAAGAAUACGCUUUCCCUUAAGAGCAGUUUACAAUUGCAUUUCUGACUUCCCAAGGCAGACAUUCUGUCAGUGUGUUGAAGGUGUGUGUAUUUUAUAUAAAACAAGAGUACAACCUUUUUUUUUGGCAGGUGCAUGUUUCUGGCUGGGGGGAAAAAAAAAAAAUUUUAAAGGCUCGAAGCUGCCCUUUUAUUUUUAAUGUCAUAAGGUGGGAGUUAAUCUUAUUAAAAUCAAACAAUUGUAUUGCAAGAUGUAAGAAAUGGGAUAGAUACACAUAACUAUGUGUAACAUGUUUUCUUAAACAGCGUUCUGUUCAAAACCUUAGAAAUUGAAUUGUCUGAUUGAAGCUGUUUCUGGAGGGGGUGCUGUGCCUUGCCGUGUGUUCGUUGGAGACCAGAUGAAACCAGCUGUAUUUAACAUGUUUUCUCUGCAGUGUUUGUGAAAUGACAUUAAACGACUGUUCAUAAAGCAUAACACAUUCCACAGAUUGAACUGUCAAAAUGAGAGUACAGCACUGGAUGGAUUUUUUUUUUUUUUUUAUGUAAAUAAAAGAAAGUUGAGAGUGA